AUGGCCCGGCCAAAUGCAGACGGUAGAAGUUUGCCGGCGGAAUUUUCCUUGUCGACGACAUUGCAGAAGAAUAUCAAUAGUGGAGUCUUCGAUUUAUCGAGACUGUUGGCUAGGAGUCGUCCCCCGACCACUACCAUCAGCGAUAGUAUGCAUCAUCAUCAUCAUCAGCUAUAUCAACAUCAUAACGAUAGUAUAGCUGGAGGGAAUAAUAAUAGUAAUAAGUACAAUACGAGUGAACAUGAACGCCGACCAUUGACGGAGCAGAAGACGUAUAACAAUAAUAAGAAAGAAAGAGAAGAAGAGGAAGAGGAAGAAGACGCAGAGCUUAAUAAGAUUAUUAUCAGCCGCAGAAUUCUUAGUCUCGAGAGGGAAAGGGAAAGGGAAAGGGAAUUAAUCGCCAAGCCCGUUCAGCCCACCCGAAAUCCAGCGACUCCGCUCGAAACUGAGCCUGAGACUUUAAACCUGCCUCCAAUCCGCCUAGCCUCCUCCAGAACUAGCAGAAGCAGAAGCAGAAGUAGCAGCAGCAGAAGCAGCAGCAGAAGCUUUAGAGCCUCCUCUUCUCCUUCAUCUUCCCCGUCUCCGUCCCCUUCCCCGUCAAUAUCGCCAUCCUUGCUGCCUAGCAUCGAAGAGCCUCAUCUGCCUUCCCUUCGUGGCAGACUGCAUUCGGCUUCGACUUCGGCUUCGACUCCGACCGACAACACAAGUCCAAGUCCAACACAGUCUUCUUCUUCCAAAUCUAACUUUGAUCUGGUUAAUCCCGCAGGUCUAAUAGGUCUAACAUCGCUGCCGCUGCACCUGCCGUCUUCGGAUCGGAUCGGUAUCGAUAACGACGCUACUAUUGCUGCUACUGUUGCUGCUGCUCUUGUUGACGUUGACGUUGGCUGUCGCUUGCCUCCCAUUCUUUCCGGCGCUUCGACCACUAAUCCUGCUCCUACUGGUGGUAGUCGAAGUAGACAUAUUGCAGAUUCUUCGGACGGACGUACAAGCAAGAAACGUACUUUGGAAGAGUACCAAGGCCAUUCCGAUCAUUUCUCAUCGAGACGUGCUCCUGCUAGCAUCGUCCAUCCUCUAUCGCAGUCGUUGACUGCGGAUAGCAUUGCGAAUCCCUCCUCGUCAGGCCUUCCCAUCAGCCUUGCUCCGAUAGAUUCUAUUUCCGUCUCUGAGAGCCAGCUGCAGCCUUCUCGCUCUUCUCCCCCUAAUCCUUCAGCAGUAAAACCCGUCUCACGUCGGCUUCACGAAAGCGACCUUCCAAACAGAACCGACACCGAUAAUUCUGUCGAAUCAACCAUCGUCCUGGCCCAUCGAGCUGUUACAGCAAUUAAAAACCAAUCAUUGCCCCGCCCUAAAACAAUUGGUCCGACUUUUACCAUAGGGAAACAACCUUCUCACCCUUUUGGGGUUGCCGGUAGACCGCAUGAUGGGGUUAUGGAAUCAGAGGACGAGUCAGAUUCCGCAUCUACAACUACAACUACGACUUCGACUCCCUCUCCUCUCAACAAACCUAGAAUGAUGCCUUGGGACAGAAAGAAACCCCCUCGCGAGGAGAGUCCUGCUUUAGAUCAAAACUUCUUCCCUGACUUGGACCCGGCUCCUCUUUCUGGCUCUAUUAUACGCCCAAAUUCGAGCCCAAAACGUGGACCCGGCCAACCUGGAAUAGCAUCUUUGAUCAAUCUUAUGGGGGGGAGCACCGAGAGGUCUCGUAUGAUUGCAGCAGAUGUCCGGACCGAUCAGCCUUUGCAACCAGUCGACUCGGAAAGUGAAAGCCAAAGCCCAGAAGAUACCACUGGCGAUGCCGGAGAAGCUUCGAAUGAUUCCACCGGACAGGAGGCCCCGUCGACAACCACAAAUACUACGAAUACUGUCUCACAAACUAUUCCUCCAAUCAACAGAUCUAUUGACGGGCACCCGGGGGAUGGAGAUGGUGGGGAAGAUCCGAAUGACAAGCGGUCGCGAAAACUCAGCGAGCAUGAGCAGGAUAACGGCAGUGAAAGUAUAAGUUCGGGCCGUGAAAAGAGAAGGAAGUUGGAAGAGCUGGCGGAUGGUGUACCAACUGAGCCGCAGAUUCCCGGUAAAUCUGACCAGGAUGCAACUGUAAGCAGCCCCUUUGGGCUUUCAAAAGGACCCUCACCCCCACCUGUCCCAUCUGGGCCUCCUACUGUCGAAUCCGUCCCUUCUACGACUGCAACAUUGGAUAGUGGGCCCGCAUACAGUGAAAGCGAAACACCUGCCACAAUGUGUGGAGCAUCUGAUUACUAUAAGUCCCCAGUAGAGACAUCAUCCAAUAACACGUUACCACCCAUUCACUCUCCUUCGAACCAUUCGCCAGGUAGGCAAAAUAUGUCGCCGAGGUCCACACAUACGACGCUUCCCAGCGUAGAUAACCUUUUCACAGUCGCAUCUGCCGCUGAAAAACAUUCUAUGGAUCACCAGCAAAUACAACAAAAUCACACAUCUCACAAUGGCAAAUAUUCCAAAUCAGUCGUCAUUCAGCAUCUUAAAAUUGUCCCAAACUCUAGCCCGAAUCCAACACCGAAUACCCGCGCCUAUGUCGACGGGUUUACCAGGGGUAUCGCAUUUAAUGAUCCUGCACAGAAUUUUAGGACAAUGGUGCCUCGGCCGCGACAAUCCCCUACCGUCUCGCCCAUAGAAGGCAGAAAUGCUCCAAUUGCGCCUGCGCCUGCGAAUAACUUUUCAGGGCAAGCUUCUACCAGCCCUUUAAAUCAGUUUACACCUACACCGUACUUCCCUCCCAAAAACUUGAAUCGACCGGAGCACCCUGCAAAUCACGCGACUCUGCCGCCACUUCAAACCGAUUGGUCCGGCUCACUUCCCCCAUCUGAACCAGGAUCAGCAAGAACGCCAACCUCCAAGAAGAGGGCACGAAAUGGAACCCCAAAGAAUGGGUCUAUCGAUUCGUCUCAGAACUCUCCGACAGUUGCUGGCGGUUUCAAAUGCAACAAAGAAGGGUGCACGGCCGCCCCGUUCUCAACCCAGUAUCUACUUAACUCGCAUGCCAACGUCCACUCGGAGGAUCGUCCCCAUUUCUGCCCUGUCGCCGGAUGCUCACGCGCUGAGGGAGGGAAAGGUUUCAAACGAAAGAACGAAAUGAUACGCCACGGCCUUGUUCAUCAAAGCCCUGGUUACGUUUGCCCAUUCUGCCCAGACAAGGAACACAGAUACCCUCGGCCUGAUAACCUUCAAAGGCAUGUGAAAGCUCACCAUAAGGAUAAAAGUGGAGAUGACCCACUCUUGAGGGAGGUAUUGGCUGUUCGACCGGAGGGUGGCCAAAGAGGGAGAAGAAGAAGGCUGGGUCCUAAUCCUUAA